AUGGCAAGCACCGGCCCUGGUUCUGAAAAGAAUGUGGGGAGUCCGAUCGGAGAGAAAGCGAUCAGCCGACAGAGACUCCUGGCAGCCCUGACCGCGACAGAUGUGACAGUCCGUCGGCUAGAUCAGUUCCUCUCCACCACGGGCGGAGAGGAGCGAGCUCUCGCGCUGAUCAAUUAUGUCGCCGCUAUCCUCCACCACUUGAGCGCAUCGGCACCCUGGAUUGCGGCGCAAACGCGGUUAGGCCUCGUCGCCCGUGCUAAGGGCCGAUCCGCACCGUCUAAAACCCCAUCGGAGGCAUCGUUGCGGUGGAAAGCGCUCUCCUCCCUCGCGUCAGAAACACGAUAUACUCUCCGCCUCUUCGGCCUUAUCCCCCUUUGGGUUUGGGGCUCCGAGACGAUCAAGAACCCGCCCGCAGACCCCGUCCUCCAUGCGUUGACUCUCGGGCAGGUGAUUUCCAAUGUGGUUUACCAGUUCCUUGAAAACGCGGCGUACCUCGCUUCAAAAGGAAUUAUCUCAAAGCGGUUCAUUGAGAAAUAUGGCGGAGUCGCGAAGUGGGAUCUCUGGAGUAUUCGCGGGUGGUUCGGACACAUCUUCUUGCAGUUCUUCGUGCUGUGGCGCGAACGUGUGCUGCGGAACAGACGGUUGGCGGCGAAGAAGGCCGCUGGAGGAGCCAAGUCCCAGGAGCUUAGUGCUGAAGAGGCCGAGCAGCUUCGUCUGGAGAUCCGUAAUUGGAAGAAAAGCCUGGUGAACAAUGUCGUCUGGGCUCCUCUUUGCCUCCAUUGGUGUCUCGAAAAGGGAAUUGGGAUUCCUGAUAGUUUACAUGGCUUGAUCAGUCUCAUGGCUGGUGCUUGGGGGAUCGGCGAUCGCUGGGUCGCCACAGGGAGCGCGUAA